AUGACUGGGCCCAUCAUUACUCGUCCUUUGUCCAACAUGGAAAACUUCAUGCGCUCAAGAACUGCGACUGGGUUCUAUAGAACUUUCCAAUUGACCGCCACCUAUUCUAAAGCGAUAAGCAAAGAAUUGCUUUUUAAAGCAUUGAGAAAAUCUUUGAUCGACUAUGUGAUGUUGACUUGCAACGUAUUCAAGGCUGAAAAUCAUUGCUACUAUCACCCAAUUCCUAGAAUUUCCUUUGAUGAUAUAGUUUCAUUUGAAUUGGAUCAAGCCUUGGACGAAACAUUCUUGAAAAAAAUUAACGAAGAAAUUAGGUUCCAAUUGUAUGCCAACCAGCCUCUUUUCAAAGUUAUUUUGUUGGAGAAGAACCAGGUGUGUGCUGUCUUUGAGCACACUAUCAACGAUGGAGUUGCUGGGGCUUUUUUCCAUGAAAUCUUGAUCGAAAAUUUGGCAUUUAUCGAAAACGACGCUGAUCAAGUCUUUGAGCAAGAAUAUGGAGCUUCGGAUUUCUUGUUUGAUCUUGAUGAAGAUAAACUGAAAAUUAAGUAUUCUCUCCCACCUCCUGUAGAUCCAUUCAUGGAACCAUAUGAGGUUGACUUCUCUGAUAAUGAUCCCAACCAUUAUAGUAAAAUUACACCCAAGGGACUCACUAAAUGGGAUGGUAGAUUUCCUAUGAAAAGGGAGUUUGUUUCAAGUUUCAAGAUGAUCAACUUCACGCCAGAAGAAGUUGGUAAAAUCUUAAAGAAAUGUAAAGAAAAUGGAGUCACAUUGACUUCUUAUAUUGAGGUGGUUCAUGCUCUUACUGUGCAACCAAUCAUUGGAGAUAACAACUAUUCAGUCAACAAGAUUGCCUUAAACUUGAGGAAAUGGUUGAAGAGUCCAAUGGAUGCGAACGGUCAAUAUAAGGAAAUGUUACUGGGAUUUCCUGAACACAAGAUUUUGGGAACUUGGGCACACUUAGGAUUGGCAGAGAACCUCCCUCCUCUUUACAAAUUCGACUGGGACUUGGUGAAGUUUGUCAAUGAGAACCUUAAAAAGACAGUUACUAAUACUAAAGUAAUGAGCUGCUCGAAGGUAUUCUUCGAUAGCGCCAGUAAAACUGAUGACAAUGCUGAUUUCUUCAGCUCCCAUAUUGGCAAGCCCAGACCUGAUAUGGUAAAGAUUUCGAAUUUAGGCUUUGUUAAAAUCAAGACUGGAGAUUGGGAGAUUCUUGAUAUUUGGUUCAGUCAAGAUGUGGCAGUUAUUGCUGCAGACUUCAUGCUUAGUGUAGUUUCUUCACCAAAAGGGGGAUUGAACUUCAUGUGGAGUUAUAUUGAGGCUGAGGACUUUGAUUUAACGGGAUUUGAUGAAAAGUUUAGACAGAACAUGAUAAACUGUGCUAAUUUAUAA